UGCAUUGCGUGUACUAGCAAACAUGAUGGGUAAAAUGAAUGGAAGAAGCUGUUGAUGGUUACAAACAGGGGAUAAACGUAUUGUUAUUAUUAUUAUACUAAUUGCACCAGGAAUAUCAACAUGGCACUCCCCUGAAAUUGAACUCUGGUAAAACGGUUCGAGUAAGUUAACUAAGUAAUGUCAUGGCGUUCCCUCAGCCUAAACCUCAGGCUCCUCAGCUUCCUCAACAUCUGCUCAGGACCAUAGACUGCGAGCAAGGAGCUGUCAGGGCUGUUCGCUUCAAUGCUGAUGGGAACUACCUACUGUCUUGUGGCAGUGACAAAUCUCUAAAGCUGUGGAGUGUGAGCCGAGGGACCCUGCUGAAGACCUACAGUGGCCAUGGAUACGAGGUUCUGGAUGCUGAUGGUUCCUAUGACAACAGCCAGAUUUGCUCCUGCAGCUCUGAUAAAACAUUGAUCCUGUGGGAUGUCGCCACAGGCCAGGUCAUACGCAAACUCAGAGGUCACGCUGGGAAAGUAAACUGUGUCCAGUUUAACGAGGAGGCAACUGUCAUUUUGUCUGGGUCCAUAGAUGGGACAGUUCGAUGUUGGGACACCAGGUCCAGAAGAUUUGAGCCCAUCCAGGUUCUAGACGAGGCUCGGGACGGAAUCAGCAGCCUGAAGGUGGCACAACACGAGCUGCUUACUGGGUCGGUGGAUGGCAGAGUGAGGCGCUACGACCUGAGAAUGGGACAACUGCAUGUUGACUUCAUCAGCAGCCCCAUCACAUGUGUGUGUUUCAGUCAGGACGCUCAGUGCACUCUGAGCUCCAGUCUAGAUUCAACAGUCAGGCUACUGGACAAGAGCACCGGGGAAAUGCUGGGAGAGUAUACAGGACACAAGAUGAAGGGCUAUAAGCUGGACUGCUGCCUGUCCAGUAAAGACACCCAUGUCCUGAGCUGCUCAGAGGACGGACACGUCUACUGCUGGGACCUGGUGGAAGGAUCUUUGUCCUUGAAACUGCCAGUGGGGAAAGCUGUUGUCCAGUCGUUGUCCUUCCACCCGACAGAGACCUGCCUCCUCACAGCCAUGGAGGGGCGUGUUCAGGUGUGGGGCGCAGAGACAGAGGAGGAUGCGAUGGCCACAUAGACAUGGUGAAAGUAGUCAAAAGCUACAUUUACAUGCUGAGAGGAUUAAUUUUUCUGUUAUUCCAAUAAGAUACAGUCUGUAAACAUCAUAACUUUAAAACCUGAUAAACCUUAUGGUGGCAUGAAAACAUCUUACUCCCACAUUUAGUUUUUGUGUCUGUAAACACAGGGUUGUUGGAGGUUUGCUACUGGAAUAAGUACAUUUUUUGCAAUGUGAGCAUUUCCAGCAGAACCUGAACCCUGGCAUAUCUGACAAAUGUGAUACAGUGUAGGACCAGUGAACAGUACGCAUGCCUGAUCAAUCAGAUAUUUAUCAGAGGCACCAGGAAAAUGACAGAUUCCUACAAUGAUUGUUAUUUCUUUGUCUUGUCAAAAAGGGAAUAUUCACGAAACAUGAAACUGAAUCAUAAAGUUUCAAAGGCUCAUGUGGGCAGCUCAACUUGAAUAAGAUCCUUUUGAGUCUAUGUAAACUUGUAAAUGACCAAGGGGGGAAAAGGUUUAUUUUGGUCAGAAGUGAGAUACAUAGAUACAUAGAUACACAGUGGCCAUUCAGGUACAGCUAACUACAGAUUAUCAGUCUGUCUUUAUGACUGUUAGCUUUACAAAGAUUUAGUUCUCUAGAGAGGAAAGCCAAUGUUGAACAUACCAGCUGACACAAAUAAAAAAAAAAAAUGAUGUUGAACUCUGGUUCACAGAUGUACAGAGUACAUGAUCUGGAUGUGAAUUUAAUUUUAGUUAAUGCGUGAAUCAUAAUAAUUAACAAAAGGAUCUAGGACUUUGAUUUUUGUAUGUGUGCAAAACAUAUAUUUUUGUACAAAACCUUGAAUAAACAUUUUCUUGUAUACAUUA